AGCAGGAUCCCGGCUCGGCCAGAGCAGCAGCAGCCGCCGCCGCCGGAAUGAGCAGCCACCGCGUCGCCCUACAGGGCCCGGGGCCCUGGGGCUUCCGCCUGGUGGGGGGCAAGGACUUCGAGCAGCCGCUCACCAUCUCUCGGGUGACUCCUGGCAGCAAAGCAGCAAUAGCCAAUUUAUGUAUAGGAGAUGUCAUCAUGGCAAUUGAUGGGGAGAACACAGAUAACAUGACACACUUAGAAGCGCAGAACAAAAUCAAGAGCUGCAUAGAUGAAAUAACUCUGACAGUUGGCAGAACGGAAUCUAAAGUCUGGUCCCCUCUGGUGACAGAGGAGGGAAAGCCCAAUCCAUACAAGAUGAAUCUGGCAUCUCAACCCCAGAGACCAGCGCAGUUUCAGCGUGCGUUCAGCAUGACAUACCAGCCUUUAAAAUCACCCUCUGACCGCAACAGCUGUUUAUCGCCUCCUGGGUUCCAGGCACCUUUUGCAACGAUCUAUAAUCCUCUACAGCCGCACACCUCCUUGCCUCCAUUGCAAAGGAGGCACAGCACCUCCUCCAUCCCAAGCCAAGUGAGAGUGGGCCCCGAACAGCUAAAACAAGCCGCUCAGAUCUGCCCCAACAGCCCUGUGGAAGUGGAGGUGCCAGGACUCAAAGUGGUGCACGUGCAAUUUAAUUCCCCCUUGCAGCUCUAUUCCCAGAGAAACAUCCUGGAUACUUUACAAGGGCAGAUCUCUUCUGUUAGCCCUGCUUUUCCCAGUUUGGAGCAACAUAACCAGCCCUCCAAUAACCUUGUCAUAGACAAGGAGUCUGAGGUUUACAAGAUGCUCCAGGAGACUGAAGACCCAAAGGAACCACCCAGGCAAUCUGCUUCGUUCCUGGUGCUACAAGAAAUUUUAGAAUCUGAAGGCGAUCCCAAUAAACCUUCUGGAUUUAGAAGUGUGAAACCACCAAUGACAAAAGUUGCCUCAUCGAUCGGAAAUGCCCAGAAGCUGCCCAUUUGUGAUAAGUGUGGAUCCGGCAUUGUGGGGGCGUUUGUGAAACUGCGUGACAAGCACCGCCAUCCAGAGUGCUACGUGUGCAGCGACUGUGGGACAAACCUCAAGCAGAAAGGACACUUCUUUGUGGAAGAUUGCAUCUAUUGCGAGACGCAUGCCCGGGAGCGAGUGACCCCUCCUGAAGGCUAUGAGGUGGUCACUGUCUUUCCAAAAUGAAUGACAUCAUCGGCUCUGUAUUAUUUUUCCUACACUACUGUUUUCCAAAAAGCAGCCCCCCCUUAAACCUGCCUUGCAAUAAGCAAUGCUCGGCAUGGCUUUUCUUUUGCUGCCACAGUAACCCUCCAUCCGUUAGCCUUAGGUGCCACUAAUUGUUCAACACUUGCAUUUUUAAAAAUCUGCUCUGACAGAUCAGUUUGGAUCCCCUUUUUGUACUGUCCAAUCUUUCUCCCUUCACUGUCGAUUGCAGAUGAAAAUCAGAAGCCAAAGCUGAAGCACAGAAGCUGUGUGUCUCAGUUGUUUUUCCUUCUGUUCAUGUUCAAUAAACGUGAUGAAUCCACAAGGCAAA